CUCGAGCAUCCGAAAGCCCAGUUCCCAACAGGGCUUUCAGAGACGAAUUUGUACCAAUCACCAAUUCUCAUUUCUUUGUUUUCGUCUCGAUCUCAGCAAUUCAAUUUUUAUCGGAGCGAGCAGAGGUUUACAAUCGGAAUUUGGAAGGAGGACGAGAUGGGAAAGCAACCGGUGAGGUUGAAGGCCGUAAUCUAUACCCUAUCGCCUUUCCAGCAGAAGGUAAUGACUGGGCUUUGGAAGGAUCUACCCACCAAAAUUCACCACAAGAUCUCUGAGAAUUGGAUCAGCGCCACUCUCUUGCUAUGUCCUCUCGUCGGCACCUACUCGUAUGUUCAGCACUACCAGGAGAAAGAGAAGCUUGCUCACAGGUACUGAUAUCAUGCGAGACAGCAUGAGUUUAUUUGGAUGAUCAUUUAUUGUGGUGAAAGCACAUUUGCCCAUUUCUUGUUCCACCGGCUAAUAAUAUGUUGUUUGUUUGGAUGUUGAUGCAAUGUCAAUGUUAUGACUUUGAGCCGUUUUAACUUU